AGUCGCGAUACUUGGCAAACUUGGCAGCAUAAAGAUACCGUUUGUGGGUGGCACAAUGAUGUUUAUCUUCACGUCAAAACAUCAAACAGCUGUCACUGCGAAGAAGUUAACACGGCGAAAGUGCUGAAUUUUAUUGUCAGGCUACGGAUCAAAAGUGAAAAUAUUAUGUACUCCCCAAAAUAUUUUAGUUCCGUGGCCAUACAGCGGUUCGGCUGUCGCUUGUUGUCUUCCGCCUCCGGAGGAGUACCAUCAUGCAGCAGAAAGGUGCGACCCAUAAGCAAGAUGUGCGGAUGGCAGAUACAUUCGUAUGGCAAUCUGGAUGAAGUGGAAUACAGCGAAAACAUGAAAAUGCCCGCCUUAACGUCUCCCAACCAACUUCUGGUCAAAGUUACGGCUGCAUCCGUCAAUCCGAUCGACGUUGCAAUGAUAAAGGGAUAUGGUUCUUCGAUUUUAAAUGCAAUGCGCUGUAAGAGCAGUAUUGAAUUUCCGCUAACGCUUGGACGUGACUUUUGUGGAGAAAUUGUACAGAAAGGGUUGAGCGUAUCUAGUCGCGAUUUGGAGUUGGGUGACGAAGUAUGGGGAGUGGUCCCUUUGCAUCAUCAAGGAUGCCAUGCUGACUACGUAGUGGUUGAGCGGUAUUGUCUUUCCAAAAAACCAGCCUCCCUAAACAGAAUCGACGCCAGUGCAAUAUUAUAUGCUGGUCUUACCGCAUGGUCUGGUCUAUACAUCACUGGACACUUAGGGGGCGUUCUUGGUGCCAUUUCACAUGUCGGUGGUGGUCGGGGUAAAAAGGUAUUAGUGCUGGGUGCUUCAGGGGGAGUAGGGACGUUAACUAUCCAGAUGUUAGCGGCCGAAGGGGUCGAAGUAUUCGCAACGUGUGCGUCCGAUGCCAUAGAUCUGGUGCAAAAUAUUGGUGCCAACUACGUGUUCGACUAUAACGAACCAGGCCAUGUUCAAGAUUUGGCAAAUGCUGGAAGAUUCGAUAUUGUGUUGGACUGUGCCAACAAAGGUACUGAAUACGGCACAAGCAUUCCCUGGAAGUUCGAUCAAUAUAUCACAUUCAACUCACCUGUCUUAAAAAAUAUUGACGAGAAUGGAUUUGCCACAGGAAUGUGUCAAAAUGCGCUCAACAUUGUUCGGAACAACGUUGCGUCAGUCAGUGCCCAGAAAGGACUGAUAAAGUGGGGCUACUUCGCACCUGCUCCACAAGGAAUUGCCUUUCUGCAGAGGCUUGUUGAAAAAGGCAAAUUGUUACCCAUUGUCGAAAAGAUGAUCCAAUAAAUGAUUUUUUCAACAGCGCAUAAAUGUCGAGACUACACAGCUGUGACACUAUAUUUUUUAUAACAUAAUCUUGGACCAGAGUGUGCACUAAUCAACACUCUCCUGGACAACAUUUAGCUGAAGCAUAAUGCUCGGCCACAAGCUAAACAAAACGAUUAAGACCGCAGCAAAAUUAGAGAAGAAUAACCAGCCUUCUCAAACAUGAUUAUUCAAAGUCGCAUCAGCUGAUUAUACGUCGCAUGUCGUCUGAUUUAUUCCGCCAGACUACUGGCCUGAGCCACAUAAACUUCAAGUGCUCACGGGAUGUGCUGCCUCCUAUUGCGGUGCUUCAAUAUUAUACAACGGGACGCGUCUUAUCAUUUUCCCGAUUGGAGAUAUAGAAACGCGAGCGCGAGCGCGCGAAUGCUUCUUUCGAUGGUGAGCAGAAUGUACUUUGAUUACGCGUGGCAGUACCGUGAAUACUGUAUGACCAAGUACCUACUAGACUACAACACACCACCGCCAGGAUCGGCCUAGUUACUGCAGUAGCAUACUGAGAAAGAUAGACACCGGCGUGUCGUCCGAUAGGUCAUGCACAUAGGUAUACAAUAUUUUUUUAUAGCCCCACAAUUUCUUUUGGUUGAAAUGGACUGAUAUUCCCGAGUUUGUCAGAAGGAAUCCACUUCGAAACAAAAUGACGAAUGCAGUCGUACGACCAGCUGCCGGAUUGAAAAAAAAAAUAUCACCACGCAUCGUGCGCUACAAUAUUUUACGUCCGUUGCAGGCGAACCACAUGUAGAUUAGCAAGUUGUAGCGAAGCAAGAUGAGUUGUUUUGUUUAGUUGGUUUUACAUAAUACAGAAAAGGAAGUAGAUUAGAUGUAGCUAGAGGAUAAAUUUGCCAAGAUAAUACUUUUGAAGUAAUGUUUGCUUUAAGGAAUAAAAUUUAGUUCGAUCCGGUCUGACAAUUACCAUAUUGUUGAUAAAUACAAGCAUGAUAGUACGGACACCAACUUGCAACCAAACCGAAUUUAGACAUAGAACUUAGUGUAGUGUUUCUAAACUUUGAGCAGCUUUCUCGCACGUUCAAAUUUGGUGACAGCGGGAAGAUUUUUAUCGAAAAGGGCUUCACCAAUUGAACGUUAAGCUCCCAGCUAGUCUCAAAGCACGAUGCUGGUUUAACAAGCCAGUCGUCAUGUGUUCGUAUCUUGGCUCAGGGUAUACUGUGUAUAAUAAACAAAAGGUCAAGUGUCCCGAUCUGAAACGGAAUGUAGCCCCGCUUUUUUGAUACGAUUAUUAUAUAUGAUGUUAUUAUUAUAUAUGAUGUUAUUCAAAAUUAUUUGGCAAGCCAAGCAAUAUGGCAGGUUUGAAACCGUACUACAAGUGUUAUACAGUUUUAAAAGAUUUGCUAGGAGUACCGUAAAACGUAAAUCAAUUAUUGGGAAUAUUUAUUCUCCUCACGAAAUUUCGAAAAAAUGUGAUAAGUUAUCACCACUUUUUCCUAAAAAAAAUUAAAGUGAUGAAAAAAUGUUUUUUGCCCUCUUAAGGCAAAUCUAAUUUUAUUGGAAUGAAAAACUAUAAAUCCUAUUCAAAUGACAUCAGGGAAAUAAAUAUUUUAAAUUUCCUUAAAUUGACCUUUUUUUAUUUGGAGAAGUAUAAAACUUAUUAUAUUUUUUUGCGAGAAGCGUGUCAAACAGUGAGGGGCAAAAUAGAGUGCCUCCUCAAUUUUUUUUCAUUUUUAUGGUUGAAAUUAAACGAAAACACAUCAUAAUCAUUCCUAAAAUGUUACUCAUAAUGUUCUUUUCAAAUUCUAUUCAUUUGGUUCUGAUAAAAGAAGUUUUUCUAAUAAAAAAAGGUCUUGAUUUCAAAGAAACAGUGACAAAAUAAGGUAGGUACCCACUCAGAAAAUCGAUAUAUUUUCGAUAAGUUGCCAUCGUGAGGGCCUUUAAUUUCGUUUGUUUUAAGUAUUUUGACGUUUCAUGAACAACCGGCUUGGUUAUGGAGCAUUUGUACUCGUGUCUGCAUUUGGUAAAAUGGUAAAAUAUGGAGAACGCAGUAAUUUCCUGUACGAUUCCGUUGUGCAUCCGGAAACUGGUUGUUCGCGAUGUCAACAACGGCCAAUCGCACUGGAAGGUGGCCAAGUACUACAAAAUCAGCAAGACAGCGGUCGGAAAAUCUUGAAGAAGUUUAAAACGGUGAUGGACCACCCAGGGAGAGGAAGAAAACGCAAGACAGACGCCAGAAUGGGCAAGAAAAUCAUUCGUGGGGUGAAAAAAAAAAUAAAGGUCCGGCAGAUACAAAGAAGAGCUCCAACUUUCGGUUUGCGUCGUACUUCCCGUCGCCGCAUCCAAGCGCAGGGGUUCAUAGCAAGAUUGCAGCGAGAAUCUGCAAGGUGAAUAAGGCUAAAUAGCUCAAGUUCGCCAAGGAGCACGCUGGUAAGCCGCUGGAAUACUAGAAAAUGUGUUGUGGACCGACGAGAAGGCAUCGUGAUGGUGUGGAGGUGCUUUUCUUGGAGCGUGGUGGGCAGUUUGGUGAAAAUAUACGGAAUCAUUACUGCUGAGUCAUAUUGCAAUAUCCUGCGGGAAAACCUUAUCAAGACGGGCGUCGAGGAGCGCUCCGUUUUCUAGCAGGAUAACGAUUCGAAGCAUACGGCCAAGCUGACGAAGUUAUUUACCGUUCCUGUCGCAUCAAACCCCUUGAAUGACCCUAAUCCUAAUCUGAACCCCAUAAAAAAUCUGUGGGCCUUCCUCGCUGCUUGGAUCGAUAAAACUGGUGUAACUAAUAAAAAAAACUUAUUUUGAAACCCAGGAGCGCACGUGGGAAUAA